AGAUUAUUUCAUGCUCCAUAUUUGAUCAUUCUCAUGCUACAUAUUCAACCUUCUUAUUGAGUCUCUAAGAAAGGUCACUUUCCACUUUAAUUUUCCUUCUUUUGAAAAAGAAGUAAAUAUUAUAAAUGAACAUCUGCAAGAUACGUAUGGAAAAAAUGGUGUGGUUUAGUGGAAAAUAUUCAAGGACUGAUUAAAAGUAAGAAAUCUCCAACUGGUGGGUAUUGGACAUACUAAGUUGGUUGAAACGUGUUUAGUGAUAUCCUGAAUGAUCACGAUUUCAAGAGGAGACAGAAUUGGACAUGCAUAUGAUGACUCAUGAACAUAUUCCGUGAACAAGAAUCUCGUGUAUUUGCCGCCAAUGUCAUAUUUGACAUGUAAUUAUAUUUGAUGAAUACGACUAUGAAUAGAGGAGGAAUCAUAUCGCUCAAACAAGGAUACCUUUAUUGAAACUGUAGCUUAGACUUGAAUGGAUCACACGGCUGUGUGUUAACCAGUCAUUGGCAGGAAUAUUGAUGACUUAGACGGGACAGCUGAAAACGAUUCCCAGAAUGGAAUACUGGAGCCAGACAUGGUCACAGAUGGCGUUGUGAAUGAAUCGCUUUUAGACCCUGUGUCAUCUACGACAGACUUACAAGUCUGACUGUCCUGGUCUUAUUUUUAAUUGUCACCCUUUGAUCUUGGUGAUUGUGUUAUUUUAUGCGGAAUGUGAAGAAUGCGUUGUCUUUGAAGAGGCGAUAAAAGCGACUUCUGAUACAGAAAGUGAUAUUGUUUUUAAAUCACUAAGGCAUUGUCGAUCAAGUUGAAACAGGUUUUUGAUGGCUAUAUAUAGAAAUAGAAGUGAAAUUUUACAUUCUGAAUGAUUCUUAUGAAAAGGAUUGUCGUGAUUCAAUCGGUUGCAAAGGAUUAUUGAUGUCUGUGGAAUAAUUUGAAACUUGGAAUGAUUGAGAGGAAGACAGUUCAACGGUUAGGUGACGAAGAAAAAUGUGUUCAUAUCAACCAAACCAGCGAAUAAAAGGGAAGUGUCCAUGUUAUGUGUUCAAACAAUAAAUGUGAUUUACAUUGUGAACAGAUUCAAAGACUUGUCCUGUUAUACAGUGAAAACAUAUUGACCAAUAAGCCAUGCUGCAGUUGGAAUAACAUCAUAUAAGCUGCUAUAGCGAUUCAGGAGAAGUCUUUGUUCAUUGGUACCUGAAGAAGGCUGGAGUUCCAUCAGGAUAGAUGAACCAGUGAAACGUCAGAAUGGGGAAGAAAUUGGAUAACCAGGCCUACUCCUCCCAUUUUGGGUGGGAAUGGGUGGAAAUCAUCGAGCCCCAGACCAAGGAGCACAUGUACGCCAACCUCACCACUGGCGAAUGUGUGUGGGACCCACCCCCAGGGGUCAAAAUUAAAAAGACUGAUGACAACCAGUGGUGGGAGCUGUUUGACCCGAACACAUCCCGGUUCUAUUAUUACAAUGCCACGAGUCAGAAGACGGUGUGGCACCGACCACAGAAUUGUGACAUCAUUCCACUAGCUAAACUACAGACGUUGAAACAGAACACAGAGGUUCGGGGCCGUGAGGAGGCACGACUCACAUCCGUCAAAUGUGAAAUGGGCACCCAGACACCAGACAGACAAUCGUUAGAUGGCCACAGCAGCAACCCAUACUUGUUCGAGGAAGCGGAUUUCAUGUCAUUUCUGACAGUGAACAUGGAUGGUUUAUCCAAUGCUGUGAUUACAAUGAUGGGCAACACAAUCUCUCAUUCCUACUCAGAAAUAACCCUGUGUUUGUUGAUAUCAUCAGUGACUAUUGUAUAUGGUUUUCUCAUGUUUUGGCGACAGAGGCGAGAACAUGUACGGGCAGGAUCAUUGAAGAAUUCAAGUCAAAGCAGUCCAAGAAGCUCUCGAAAGCAACGCUUUCAUCGACAGGACUCUACAUCUUCGCAGAGCAGUUCCAGUCGCCAGGACAACUCGGACCAACAAGUUAAUGGCGAUCGUGCACGUCGCCGAGGAAGUCAGUCAUCAUCCGUGAGCCAGAGCAGCUACAGUGCUCCUGUUUCUGUUGUUCAGCCAAGUGUGGUGCGUCGCGAUUCCUUCGAAAUGCCUCCAAGGACAAUUAUUGACUCACCUCGACCUCAGAGGUCAAGGUCACUACACAAAACACCCAGUGACAGUAACGUGCCAAGCCGCGGCGGGAGCUGUCGUCGGCAUGAUAUGGGUGUAGGGGGGCAGGACGAUAACAUUAAUCUACAACAUGCUCAUCACCCAAGGCAGAGAAGUUUUCCAGAACAGUCCAUGGAAGGCUUCCCUACAUCGGUGAGUUACGUGCGAGCAGAUAACUAUGCUCAGGAUGUGCUGAGCGGACAUGAACGUCUCUAUAGUCCCGAUCUCCGAGGAAAAGACGAAUAUUUGGCGUUCAGUCAGGACAUUGUGAACCAGCAAGGAAACAUCAGCCCCAUUCCACAAAAACCUAAACUUCGUUUCCCUCGAACCAACCCUGCCUAUAUCGGCAUAUCGAAACGAGAUGGUAACACAGCUUAUAAGAAAAUCAAUGUAGAAGGUCAGGCGGGGUAUGAUUUACCAUACCCAGCAGACCCAAGCAUGUAUUCUAGUAUGGGAAUUCAGACAUCCCAGUCUUACACAGACUGCCCCGAAAAUUACAUGUAUCAUCGACAUGAACGAUCGGACAGCGAUACAUCCCAUUCUUCUAACCGAGGUCAUUAUCUCUGGCACGACAGGACAGACAGUCAGACGUCUCAUUCGUCCCGAAAUCGGGAACUGUCUGACAGCCAGUCAUCGCAGGGUUCGCUACGCAACAUGUCAGAUACCCAGUCAUCGGCUGGGUCGUUGCGGAACUUACAGGAUAGUGCUGUUUCUGUUCAAGACAGUGUUUCGUCAAAAGGAUCGGGUCGGAGCACCGACCCAGAUAUUAUGCAUGAUCGGUCAAAUAGUCAGUUGUCUCAGAGGUCAAUCACAGUGACCAAUUCGGAGCCAGAUCAAGAACCGGAUUAUGCCAAUGUUCCCGGGUAUUCAUCCCACAAUCCUCAAAGACUACCCGCCGCCAAGCUUGUCAUGUCGAACCGUUGUAUUCAGGACCAGGGGUUCGAGGAGUCCGACAGCAGUAGUGUUUUCUCGUGCAAUUCUCCAAGGGGGCUAAUCCAGCCCUCUCCUACUCCACUACAACAAGAGACCCACCAUCCAUCUCUACGCAGGAAGAAGGGUCCUCCAGUGGAACGUGGCUCGGAACCAGUCCCUGUAAAUCCUGCCCUUGAGAAGAGCCAGUCCUUGCAGACGGACAUCUCACAGCGCCCUCUGUCAAUGGUUGUGGCUUCUCAGUCCGAAGCGAAUAUGUCGCUUAGUCCCAGCACAGGAUCUCUAAACAGACAGAACCGCCCGGGCACGGUGCCACCGUCAGGCUCUGGCAGUAGUCUGUCUCAUUCCCAGAAACUUCCGUCGGAGAGCGACAUCGAGAACUACGCCCCGGACCUCAACCGACACAAAAAGGGACUGUUUGGGAAGAAAGUGCCUCUCACCAACAUGCUGGUCUGAUCAAAGGACCUGAUACAGAAACCCAUGCUGAGGACCAAUGACAAAAACAUGAAGAAAGAAGCAUGUGACGUCUUCAAAUAUAUCCUUAUGUACAUGGGAGAUCGCAAGACAAAGCAGGCCCCGAUGAGCGUUGCCCUAGAUAUCAUAACUAAAGGCUGGAGUAUCCCCCAGCUGCGAGACGAGAUCUACAUCCAGCUCUGUCGUCAGACUACAGAGAACAAAAAAGAGGAGAGCCUACAGCGUGGCUGGGAGCUGAUGGCUGUCUGUCUCAAUUUCUUCCCUCCAACACACAAGUUCUACUCGUACCUGGAGGGCUACAUUUCCAAACAUAUGGACCAGAUAUUUGAUAUGCCAAAUGUGCCAAUCAGUCACUUUGCUAAUCACUGCUACCAAAGACUAGAGCGAGCCCUGGCAACCGGCGCCAAGAAGGGAGUCCGAAAACCUACCUUAGAUGAGGUGGAACAGGCUAAGAAAUCCAUCUUCCACCCGUCUAUGUUCGGAAGUUCCCUUGAUGAUGUACUGCUGAUGCAAAAGGAUCGUUAUCCUGAAAGGACGUUGCCAUGGAUACAGACAAUCCUUUCGGAAGAAGUUCUACGACUCAAUGGUGCUCAGACGGAGGGCAUAUUUAGAGUGCCCGGUGAUAUUGACGAGGUAAAUGCGUUGAAGAUUCGUUGUGACCAGUGAUCCCCGUCAGACUGCCCCGACCCCCAUGUGCCGGCUUCCCUGCUCAAGCUGUGGUACCGAGAGCUGUACGAACCUCUCAUACCCUCCCAUUUCUACGAGGACUGCGUUGUCAAUUACUCCAACCCGGAGGCAGCCAUCUCAGUGGUCAACCAACUGCCCCACAUCAACCGCCUUGUUCUCUGUUAUCUCAUUAGGUUUCUCCAGGUAUUUGCUGCUCCAGAGAACGCCAGUGUCACAAAAAUGGACGUAAAUAACUUGGCAAUGGUGAUGGCACCUAACUGUCUCCGCUGUGAGAGUGAUGACCCUCGGAUCAUAUUUGAAAACACACGCAAGGAAAUGGGAUUCCUUCGGACACUAAUCCAACAUUUAGAUACCAGCUUCAUGGAAGGCAUUGUUUGAUUGUGGAGCUGAAAUUAGUCUUUUUUUUCUCACUUGUUGUUUUCUUGAGUAUUACGGAAGCUGUUGAUGAACAGCAGAAAUAAUCCUUCACUGUUAUGAGAGUUCAGCCUUCCAUGUCUUUCCAGACUUCUUUGCUGAAGAGCUCCACAUUGACGUUUUCUUUAUCUCCAGUGCUGAAGAGACGAAUCUUCCAAGCUGUUAUGAAGUGUUAAUCCAGUUACAACCGUGUUACGUCGUCAUUGUACUUGUACAUAGGGCAGAACCAAUACAAUGUUGUGAAGGCAUUUAGGCAGAUCUGGAUCAACAAUUGACAAUGAUAUUUAAGUUUACAUCUCUUUUUUUUCAAAGCAAUUUUUAUGAUUAAAAUUCAUAUUAAUACAAGAAAAGAAAAUUGGAUUAUUGUUAUUUUUUUUAUCUUAUAAAACUGUUAGUCAUAUAAGGGAAUAAAGGUUUUAUGAAACAGGAUGUUAUGUGUGCAGAGAAAUUAACCAGAAAAAGUUGCGUUAAUUUGUGCAACAUUGAAAGCUGAACCAGAUCUGCCUGACGAUGAGCCUUUGACCAUAAUACCAGCUGCAUAACCACAUUGUAUGGCUCGUAAUGACGUUGAACUGUUUAUGUGGUGAUGUUAUUGUUGUCAUCAUGAGCUUCCCUUGCAGUGAGAUGCACCACCUAUACUCAAACACGUAAGAAACGCAACAUUUUCAUUCAUGUUUAUACUGACACAAGAUGGUUGUCCUGCCUUACCAUGAAACAGUUUGCAAUACUGGUCAGAUUAUACUUCUCA